CGGGGCGUCCCGUUCCUUUUUGACGUCACAAUCCCGAGAACCUGCAGCGGCGACAACAAUAACAAUAGCAGGCAGGGAUUGUUCCCCGGAGCCGAGCGGCCGAGGGGGAACGUCGAGCGGAGCCAGCCGCCAAAACAGCCCGUCGCGUGUCCGGCGGUAGCGCUUGCUCCUGGCCGGAGCCGGACAGGAACAACCCAGCCAGCAACUCAGGAGGGACCCCGAAAUAGAAACGCCUCUGUCCCGCCAGCGAUGGCCUCGGGCGAGUCCUCGGGAGUGCAAGAAGAGAAUUUGCAGGGUUCCUGGGUAGAACUGCACUUUAGCAGCAAUGGGAACGGUGGCCAGCCGGCCAGCCAGGAACAAGUUCCUGCUUCAGUUUCUAUUUAUAAUGGUGACAUGGAGAAAAUUCUUCUAGAUGCCCAGCAUGAGUCUGGAAGAAGUAGCUCGCGCGAGAGCUCUCACUGUGACAGUCCACCACGUUCCCAGACACCUCAGGAUGUUCACAGAACUUCAGAAGUGGAGAGUCGUGCCAGCGGAGAAAAGAAUAGUUCUCAGUCUGAAGAAGAUUUUCUGGAAAGAAGGAAAGAAGUUGAACGGCUUCUGAAGAAAAAUUCAGAUUGGAUGUGGGACUGGUCAAGUAGGCCUGAGAAUAUUCCCCCCAAGGAAUUUCUCUUUAAACACCCAAAGCGCGCAGCUACACUCAGCAUGAGAAACACAAGUGUGAUGAAGAAGGGAGGCAUAUUUUCUGCAGAAUUCUUGAAGAUUUUCUUGCCAUCUCUGCUGCUCUCCCAUCUGCUUGCCAUUGGAUUAGGGAUUUAUAUUGGAAAACGGUUGACAAUCACAGCUUCCAGCAGCUCCUUGUAAAAAGAAAUGAAUUUGUUUCUUUUGCAAAUUGUCACAAACUUCAUCCAGGCAUUAUAAAGCGGUGAACUGAAGAAAUUUUCAAAUUGUAUAAUCAUAAUACGGGGAUGUAUGUUUUAUUGCAUAAAAGGCUCUUGCAAAAGGAAAUGAAGAAUGUCCAACUACCCAACUGCUCUUAUAUGUAAAUCCCUAUUUGCAUGAUUUAAUAUAGUGUAGCUUAGAUCAGGAGUGGGGAAACCAGAACUACAACUUCCAGGAAACUCCAACUUUGGGCCAGUAGCAAAGGAUAUUGGGAUAUGUUGUUCAGCAUGCACAGGGGCCCACAUUUCAUUAUCCUGCUGAAGAUUUUUCUUCGUCACUAUUAUUGCAAGAAUGAACAGUGUAGGGAAAAAAAAA